AUGCGCUGGGUUGCGAUCGCUCAUGUCAGUGUGGCUGUUGCCACUCUGAACCUCAAGCAAAUGAGACCGCCGUUGGCUGAACAAGUAUUGUCGCCACGCCAACAGCAAUCUUUAAAUCCUUCUGCACCAAGCAGGUUCCUGAAUGCGCAGACAGAAAGGUUCUCUGUGAACGGGACCGCUUUACCCAACGUGGACUUCGAUGUCGGCGAGUCCUAUGCCGGGUCACUGCCUAUCAGCUCGAAUGUGAACGACACAAACCAGUUGUUCUUCUGGUUCUUUCCGUCAGAGAACCAGACGGUUGGCAAUGAGAUCACGAUUUGGUUGACAGGCGGGCCUGGAUGCUCAUCCGUCGGCGAAUUGCUAUCUGAAAAUGGCCCCGUCCUUUGGCAGCCAGGGGUGUUCAAGCCCGUCCGGAACAAGUGGAGCUGGCACAGGCUCACUAAUAUGGUCUGGAUUGAUCAGCCUAUUGGAAGCGGCUUCUCCCAAGGAAAUGUGACUGCUAGGAAUGAGUUCGAUGUGGCAGACCAGUUUAUGGGCUUCUGGAGAAACUUUGUGGAUACUUUCGCCUUGCAAGGUUUCAAAGUCUAUAUCACGGGCUCGUCAUACAGCGGGAUGUACUGUCCAUACGUCGCCUCGGCCAUGCUCGACGCCAAUGACACGCAGUACUUCGACGUUAGGGGCAUGCAGGUCUUUGACGGCUUGUAUGCGAACAAUCCGAUCCCGCAAGACAUCCCGGUAUCGUCUUUCGCAGAUAACUGGUCAGACGUGUUUGGCUUCAACGACUCCUUCACUGCAUCAAUGCAAAAUAGGUCGAAAUCAUGCGGAUAUGACGACUACCUGAAGAAAUACAUAGUCUUCCCAGCUUCGGAACGCCAGCCAUCGACUCUGCCAGGGGUAGAGUCAGACCAAGUGACGCCUCUCGAAGGGUGUGGGCUCUUCAACGACGUCUUCACUGCUGCAGCUGAGGUCAAUCCGUGCUUCAGCCCCUACACCAUCACCAGCUUGUGCCCCAUAAAGUACGACCCAUUAGGCUUCACAGAUGGAACCUCGUAUAUCCCAGACGGCUCGGGGCCAGCCUAUUUCAACCGUGCCGACGUAAAGGCAGUCAUUCACGCGCCCGACAAAGAGUGGGCGUUCUGCACAAACGAUCCCGUGUUUGUUAAUGGCACCGACAACUCUGUCGUGGAUGGUCCAGGAUCACAACCCGUGAUACCCAAUGUGAUAGAUCGCACUCAGAACGUCAUUCUUGGCCAUGGUUCCCAGGACUUUGUGCUUAUCUCCGAUGGGACACUUCUUUCCAUCCAGAAUAUGACAUGGGGAGGGAAGAUGGGCUUCCAGACACGACCUACGGAGCCACUCUUCAUUCCAUAUCACGUCAACGAUAACUUCGAGACUAUCGCAGGCGCCGGUGUCCUCGGGACUGCUCACGAGGAACGUGGGCUGACUUACAUAGCUGUUGCCCCGGCAGGGCAUUUUCUCGCUAUGGAUGCCCCCCAGGUCGCCUUCAGGAGUAUGGAGGUCCUUCUCGGGCGCGUGGAUGGCUUCCAAUCUCGGGCACCGUUCACUACUGACACGAACAACACUGCCCAACCGGAAGUCGAUAUGGGAAACGGCACCGUUCUGAUCACCCAAGGAGGAGUCGUUGGCAGUGGAAAUGCAAACACGUCUCCAAGCGGCAUUGUGACCACCAGUGGAGACAAUCUUCGUGGUGUGGCAGAGACUUCGGUCAUCAACCUCCCCAGAACCGUUCUCCAACCUGCUUUGGGUCUCUAG